UAUGCUUGUCUCGGUCAAUCAUGUACUAAUUUAUAUCCACUAUGCCACCUUUUCGGCGGGCGCCUUCCAAGAAUGACGACGAGACAUACACAGAGGUAAGGCUCGUAAGGCUACGCUAGUGAAUAUUGGUGACGUGACUUGCAGGGUGUCCCCCAACAGAAACGGCAGAAAGGCCACUCCGGAAGGAUAAUAGUCCCCUCGCCAAACAUGCGUAUUACAAGGGCAUCCACUUCACUCGAUGGCUUGCUAGAUUUUUUUCAAAUUGGGACAGAGAGCCGCACGUCUGAUGACCCAGCAAAUGGCUCUGAGGAAGCCAGUGAUUUUGAACGUUUUAUGGGCUCCGUGCUACCACAAUGUUUGGAAGCACGCUACCAGGUGCAAGACAGCGACAGUAGAACGGACAAUAUUGGCACUGUUCUUCGCCCUUUAUCUCGGUACGAAGUAUCGGCUGUGAUAAAGUACGCGUCCGUGUCUGAUGCGGCGGCCCUUCCUUCGCCGGUACAUGCGGCUAUACUGAGAAAGCUCCAACUCCGUCGGGAGAGGCGUAGAACAGAUAUCCAGGGGCUAGAUUCUGUCCAUUCUAAUUCUUUGACCUCCCUGCCCUCCCAAUUACCGCCUCAGUUGCCACAAUCAGGCAUUUUUAACUUUCUCAACUCCAUCCGCACAACGCGUUACGAAAUGUCGUUUCUAUCACGCCUAUGUGGGUAUAGACCAUCUAAAGACUCAGGGCUAGUUGCAGUAGAUUGGGAAACCAGAUCCCCAUGGAUGGAAUUGAUGGCAGACGUGCGAGAACAUUACUCCUAUGCGCACCCUGCGUCAGCUCAAUCGCCUGAAGUUCCAGUUCCAAUUCGUUACGUCUCUCUACAGCCGUCCCACCUUCAACAGGUACACGAACUACUAGCUAGAGUGUUUUGGGAUGGAAUUGAUGUCAGCGACUUGCUUCAGUCUUCCCCCGAGCGCUGUUCCGUGAUCGCCGUGUACGGAAAAAUUGUUGUGGGCGCGGUUCUUUUAAGCUCGCCUCAGGAAGCGUACAUCACGUACCUAGCUGUCAGAGCAGGCUGGGAUAAUUCGCAGAUUGCAACGACUAUGCUAUAUCACCUGAUUACGCUCAAUCCGCACAGAGACAUCACUCUUCACGUGGCUGCUAAUAAUCCAGCGAUGUUGCUGUACAACAGAUUUGGGUUCAAGGCUGAGGAGUUCAUCGUAGGGUUCUACGAAGAGUACUUAGACUCUCAGUCGAGGGCAUCUAUGAAUGCCUUCAGAUUGCGUCUUCGACGAUGAUAGAAUGAUCUUCACAUUGACACUGAUCUAAUCACUAGAGCGACUACGACUUGCCGAUCCAGUGCUCCCAGGGGUGUUUCUCUAAAUAGCUAUGGCCGCCAGGACGAAGUCAAGAUGUCGGACCGCAGUGAUCUGCGCUCUGGUGUCAAGCGCGAUAUCCCUUGUGGAUUAGUUGGGAUUAGCUCGAAAGAAGCUUCUCCAGGGCCAGGCACAACCACAAUGCUAAGGAGAUAUACUAAUCCGAAUGUCAAUAAUUAGGACGGAUAACAAAAGUGUUUGAUGUCCAUCAUGUCCAUGCUCCGACCGCGCGAUUUUGCCGGUUUGAAGUAGCAUCUCGUGACGAAUGAAUAAAAAGCAUCUUCUGCAGUC